AUGGCUUCUCAGAUACCAAUGGCAGGACUCUCGACCACCACGGCCACAUUGCCUGAAUCUGACGAGAAGGGCAGCUCGCAAAAGACACAAGGUCCUGUAGAAGUCUCUGAACAGCACGAUGACUUUCCUCUGUCGUGGAAGAUCACGGCUCUCGUUUGCGGCGUUGCUCUUUCUUGGGGUUCAUCAUUCUCAGAGAAUACACUGGGUCCCCUUAAGAGUACGUUGAAGAAGCAGCUUGAUAUCACCAACUCGCAGUACGGAGCCAUCUCCUCAGCCACGUCUCUCGUCAACACAGUCCUCCCAAUCAUCGGUGGAUGGGGACUUGAUCAUUAUGGCGUUGAAUGGGACCUUGAUUACUUACUGGAAUCUACCUUGCUAAUUAUUUCACUUAUGGCUAGGGGUUCGAUGGCAUGUUCAGUCGCUAUUUUUAUCGGCGCAGUAGUAUCGGCAGCUGGCUCGAACCAAGACUCCUUCACCCUUGUCGUGACUGGUCGGGUGAUUAUGGGAUUCGGAAGCACAAUCAUCGAGACUUGUACAUCCAAGAUCUUAGCGCAUUGGUUUCAACACCGAGGACUUGGCCUGGUAUACGGUCUGGACUUGUCAAUUGGCAAGCUCAUUGUGCUCAUCGCCAAAGCUACAGCUGUUCCUAUGAGAGAUGCUUCAUCGUUCUGGGGAUGGGCCCUUUGGAUUCCCGCCAUUGUCUGCUUCGCGAACCUGCUGCAAAACAUGUUUUAUGUUUGGUGGGCGCGCAGUCGACCGAAAUGGACACAUAUGCCCACUGGUCGAGAGCUUAUGAAGGAGGCAAGAGAGCGAGGUGACGACGCAUCUGUGCCCUCAAGCACAACCCGAUCCAGGUUGCGAUCUAGAUGGGCCAUUCUCACCUGUGUACCACGCUUCUUCUGGCUGGUGGCAUGCGCUCAGAUACUGCAGGCUGGUGUGGUAGGCGGCUUCAACGGGCUCAAUGCCGACAUUAUCAAGCAGACUCGUGGCUCUACCGACCAGAUUGCUGGCUACACAUCAGCCGUGCAGCAGGUUAUCCCCGUGGUCGGCGCACCACUCAUAGGUGCUUUCUUCGACUUCUUCGGCUAUAGAAUGACCUUUGUCAGUUUAACUUCAGCCAUCUGGGUUUUGGUGUAUUGUCUUAUUGGAUUUACCCAAACGAAUGCCCUCGGGUCUAUGGUUAUUGCUUCUGUUGCGUCAACCAUGAAUGCUUUACCCUUCUUGGCAUCUAUCCCAUUGAUAGUGCCGAAUCAAAUCGAGCUUGGCCUCGUAUUCGGAAUUUGGAAGGCAUUCAACAAUAGUGGUAGCGUUAUCGUCGACAUGAUUGCUGGAAGGCUGCAGGACAUAACACCCGGAGGCACAUACGAGUGGGUGAUUGCAUUUUUUGUGGCUGUGAAAGGAUUGGAGUUUUGCUUGGGUCUGUUCUACGGCAUCCUUGAUCGAAAAUACCUUGCAGGUAUUCUCACCAUGAGUGAGAAGAAACGUAUGGACAUCGAGCGAGAAGAUAAGCUUGGAAAGCCAAUUGGACGGAAACCUGCAAAGGUGGCAACCAUCAUUGGGAUUUCUCUCGUUUGUGCUAUGAUUGUUAUCGCUUGGGUACUUUUCAUCAAGUACUCGAUCUAA